AUGUCUGGAUUCAUACGUCCUCUGAGAGAUUCGAGGAUACCUAGGGCACUGAGCAGACGGUGCUUCUCUGUAACGUCCAAAAGGCCUGCAGACCACGUUAGGAUUGUUGAAGUUGGGCCACGAGAUGGUCUUCAAAACGAAAAGUCCUCCAUCUCACCCGAGACUAAAAUUGACCUGGUCAGAAGACUUGCUGCUACUGGACUCAAGACCAUUGAAGCUGGCUCGUUUGUUCAUCCCAAAUGGACACCACAAAUGGCCAGCUCGGACAAAGUCUUGCAGAACAUUCUGCAAAAUCCUCCUCAGAUAACUGAACCCAUCACUUACCAAUGGUUGUUGCCCAACAUGAAAGGUCUUGAUAACUUCUUCUCCAUCCAAGCCCAAAACUCCGCUCACGGACGCUCUUCUUAUCCAACACCUCCCUCAUCUCCUAUGCAUGAUUCAGGUCCUGCCCAGAACACUUCUACACAGAACCCAAAUGACAUGCCUUCUGCAACUUCUGGUGCCGCUGCCAUGGUCUCAAGUUCGAGCUCUGAUCAACCAGAACAUGAAGUCUCAAUCUUCCUUGCGGCUACCGAGUCUUUCUCUCAGAAGAACACAAAUUGCAGCAUUGCUGAAUCCCUCGAGAAAUUCCAGCCUUUGAUUACCGCUGCCAGAGAUAAAGGCUUUGGCGUGCGUGCUUAUAUCUCCGUUGCCUUGGGUUGUCCAUUUGAGGGACCUGAUGUCGAUCCUCACAAGGUCGCAGAACUGGCUGCUAGCCUUCUCGAGAUGGGAGCAGAUGAGAUAUCAGUAGCAGACACCACGGGGAUGGGCACGGCACCUCGCACAAGAGAGCUCUUGCGUACCCUUACCGCCGCGGGUAUUCGGAAUGACGACCUAGCUCUACAUUUCCACGACACAUUUGGUCAAGCAAUAGUCAACACUCUUGUUGGAUUGGAGCAUGGUGUCCGAACCUUUGAUUCUGCUGUUGGUGGUCUAGGUGGCUGUCCCUACUCGCCUGGCGCAACCGGAAACGUCGCCACAGAGGAUUUGGUGUAUACCCUCGAAAGUCUCGGAGUCAACACUGGUAUUGAUCUGGCUGAGAUUAGCAGAAUCGGUGACUGGAUCACUAGCGAGAUUGGCAAGCCAAAUGAAAGCCGCGCAGGUAAAGCAACCCUCGCUAAGUUGAGACGGGAAGCCGUGUAG